GGGAAAGAAGCUGGAAGUAAAAAUCAACUUACCUCUGGAAACAGAAACAUAAAACUCUGGAAUGAUGGAGUGAAACUUUGUGAUACCAAGAGUGAGUCGGCUUUGAACUGCAUUCAAGCUCAGCUCGAGAUUUCCUGCCGGAAGCAGCAACAAAAAGCAACGACCUGUUGGAAAUUCCCCGAUUGUAUUGCAAGAGACAAAAAAUACCCCCGAGGCGAGGCUUACCCAUGUCCUCGAGUGACAUAUGCUCCCACUUCCUCUCAGCUUCAGUGGUACAGGAAAGCAGGUAUCAAAUCGGCUCGACACUGAAAAGGAAACAUUUAGAAUUCAUGCAAAAGCUGAUAACCCCUAACACUGGCAAGCUUGGGGGAAAGCCAUGAUUUUCCCAGCUUACACAACUGCCAGCUGUAGGCUCUGGUACAUGAUUGUGAGAAUCAACCGGCACCCAGUGCAUUUGCACAUCUCCAGGACGUGUUUUCCUGUUAAAGCAAAAUACAGCAGCAGACAUUUGACAGUUUUUGACAGUGUGUACACCAAACUCAGGGGCUGUCUGGAUUAAUAGUCAGUGGUUGUGCUGCCCCUCAGAUGCAGCUCAAGAGGAUGACACAAACAGGAGUCGCAUGAAGAUCAGAGGGGAAUGUCCAGAGCCACAGGCCAGAGCGUGUGGGAAUAACCCCAGGCACAGUACAUGCUGGCAACAACCAGGUGGAAGGCAGCUCUGCAGGACAGAAUUCUGGGGUCCUCAGCAGGCAAGCAGCUGAAUGUGAGCAGCAAGGAGCCUUUGUGGCAGACGAUGACAAGAAUCCUGGGCUGUGUUCGGAAAAACGCUGGCAGUAAGUCAAGAGAGAUCGUGCUCAUCUGAUGCAUCCCCUGCUCUGGGAUUCCCUGUGCAUGAUGGACAUGGAGUAGGAAUAGCAAAGGGUCAGGAAAUUGAUCAGAUAAUUGGACUGUCUAACAUGGGAGGAGAGGCUGAGAGAAUAGAUUGCUUAGCUUCAUGAUAAAGCUCGGAGGGAUCUUUCUGAUGUACAUAAACACCUGAUGGGAGGAAGCCAAGAUGGAGGAAGUCUCAAUGUUCCAGUGAAUGCAAAGAUGUGUGUGAAUAGCAGCCACUCCUGAGGCAAACCUACAAGAGACUUUGCAUAAGCACCUUAUGAAUCCUUUAUUCUGGUGAAAGGAUAAGAACAGAUCAAGAUCAGGCCAGGGGAUGGAGAGCAAUAAGAGCUCUUUGAGCUCCUCUACUGUGUUUACCUAAGGCCACCUCCCUCCUGAAGUACCAGCAGGUAGAUUCCAGAGCAUAAAUGCUUCCAGAUGGGAAGAUGUAUCCAUUAGUGACCAGACCCUCAAAUAAGAGUGGGCUCAAGGCACUGCCUGUUGUGAUCAUAGGGAAUGGACCUUCAGGAAUUUGUCUCUCAUAUUUGCUGUCAGGUUACACUCCUUACUUCAAAAGACACUCUCUUCAUCCUCAUCCUAUUCUUCAGAGGAAACUGGAAGAGGCACCAGAAGUCUCUGUUUUGGACCAGGAUUUGGAGUAUCUGUCUGAAGGCUUGGAGGGACGAUCCCACAGCCCUGUGGCUCUUCUGUUUGACACUCUGCAGCGUCCAGACACAGAUCUCGGUGGGACAGCAGAAUCUGUGCUCACUUGGUGGCAUGAGCCUGACAGAGCCAUCCCCCACCUGGUCCUUGGCAGAAAUCCUCCUGGAGGUGCCUGGCACUCUAUAGAGGGCUCUAUGGUUACCCUGAGCAAAGGGGAAUGGAUGGGACUCCCAGAUCUCCCUUUCAAAGAAUGGUUAAAGCAGAAGAGAAGAGGCCUCAGAAACAAUAGAGCCACAGCAGAGGACAUUGCUCAAUAUUACCAACACUAUGUGAUGAAGAAAGGCCUGCAGAAGAAUUUCAGAUGGGGCACCGUUGUGACCUCUGUGAGGAAAGUGAGUGCAGAGAGCAUCUCCAACCACACCCAGAAAGAUCUGCAGGAGGAUAGUGACUCACUCUGGAACUCUAAUGAGAAAAGCACAGAGAUCUUUCAGGUGGAUGGAUUUUUCAAAACUGUGGAAGGUGAUAAAGAGCCCUUCACCAUCUACGCAGAGAAUGUGGUUUUGGCUACAGGAACAUAUGACAAUCCUACCUGGCUCGGAGUCAAGGGAGAAAACCUUUCCUAUGUCCACCACCAGCUGUCUGCCCUAGAGGAAGCAGUGAAGAACAACAGUGUUGGCAUCAUGUCAGACCCAGUCUUGAUUGUAGGUGCUGGUCUGACAGCUGCUGAUGCGAUUCUCUUUGCUCACCAUUGCAAUAUUCCAGUAAUCCAUGCUUUUCGGAGACGAGUCACUGAUCCAGGCCUUAUUUUUAAUCAGCUCCCCAAAAUGAUGUACCCUGAAUACCACAAAGUCCAUCAGAUGAUGAAAGAACAGACAGCUGCCUGUGCUGGGCCCUAUGAGUGCUACAUCAGCCUCCCUGAACACCACGUGCUCUCCUUUGGCAAGGACAAGAAAUGCAUCUUGCAAGACAAGAAUGGCUGUCAGAAGGCUUAUAAAAUUUCCAUGGCUCUUGUUCUAACUGGCUCAAACCCCAACCUCUCCUUCCUGCCAAAUAAUGGCAUUGACUUGGCAAUAGACAGUGACCAGCCAGUCAAUUCAAAGAGGAAUCCCAUAGAUGUUGAUCCAUUCACCUAUGAGUGCACUCAGGAGAAAGGGCUCUAUGCUCUGGGACCUCUAGCAGGAGAUAACUUUGUUCGCUUUGUGCAGGGAGGGGCUCUGGCUGCUGCCAGCUCCCUGGCAAAGAAAGCCAACAAAAAUCCCCCCUAACAAAAAGCCCCAUCCCUGUACUGCCUGUACCUGGAUGGGUUAGUGAUCUUGCCGUGGAGCAGCAGAUCAUCUGAUUUGUACAUCCUCAAAUCUAAAGGCCGUUCCUGGUACUCUUCAAGGAUAUUUGGAGAGUUAGUAAGUUCUUGCCAAGUUAUUUGAGAAGAUUGAGUGACCAAAUGAAGGGGGGGUUCCACACACAGCAUUACCUUCAAUUCCUGAGAAUUCAGCUCCUUUUCUGCACAGCUGUGCUCGGUUACUGGGACUGAAGCUUGUGCCUAGAAGAGCAAGGGGCAAGACAGGAAUUGCUCUUCUGUCUAAAACCCUCCAGGUGACUGAAAAUUGGAUUGAGGAAUCAAUGUUCAUUAUUUUCAGAUAGCAGGCCCACAACACUGUGUCUGUUGGUGUCUUAUGGUGUUUUGUCAUGAAACAGAGUAAACUGACCUGGUUUUAUUUACUCUUGUGGUUUGGCUGUACGUUCUUGUUAGGCCAGAAAUCACUGCCAGGUGCUGCAGGUACCUCUUUGGCACAUGGAGGGGUACUCUGCAAGUGACAACUGACAUACAAACAUUCAAAAUUGUAUUGAAUCACUGACACCAGCAACAAGUAAUAUAUGAUUAAAAAAAAAAAAAAAAUCAAGAGAUUCCUGUAAUGGGUGUUUCUCCUUCCUACGAAGAAAUGGUACUGAGUUGCAAAUACUUGGUUUGCUAUCUUGUAGCUUCCUGCUUUCUGAAUCCUAAACCUGUGAUAGCCAAACUCUUGGCAGCUGCUGUAGAGACAAGCAGAACUAAAGGGGAGCUGCAAGUCUGUCUUGGAACUGUCCACAUACUGUAUGGGGCUUCUGCUGCAUAGAGUAUUCUGGAAAGGUGCAAUAUGUUAUAUACUGGGUGAAUUACAAAUGUAUUAUGUUUUUUUUUUUAAAAAAUAUAUUAUUUGUAUAAGAGGGAAAAUGGCACAGUCACUUUUUGGUAGCUUUAUGCUAUAGAUAUAGAUAUGUAUCUCAACUUUUUAUACUGUUUUUCUAAAAGAUUUUUAUUCACAGAAUAUUUUGUUACGGUCUUUCAGUCUGUUCUGAAUGAGCUGGGGUGGAUGGCAAUGAUACCCUAUAUAGUAAGCAGCAUUCUCAACAGACCUACAGGGGUUUUCAUAGAUUUCACAGGAAAAACUGCAGUCAUUGUUCAUUUAAUUUGAUGAAAAAACAGACUCUGCUUCCUGUGCUGCACUGAAACUCACUGACACCACAAGUCUCUGAAAAGCGAAGUGGAAUGAGACAUCUGUAAAUGAAUUGGCCUGAAGCUGAGAUGUGGGAAGGGCUUGUCUGUGAUGUUACUCUGUCACACUUGAAUCAUUUUUCUGACUGACUAUUCUUGUAUAAAAACUUUCCAAUAAAGUGAUUUCAGACUUA